GUGGAGCAGCAGAUUGAAAUGUGCAUACGUGACAAGGUCGAUGCCUUCAUUGAGCUAGCGCAAUAUGACUGGGAGUUGCCGGCUUCUUCAGGUUAUGCUUCGGAAUAUAUCAGUGACUUAAUUAACUAUCUUUCAACUACUUUUCUCUCAUUCACUAAUCUUCCGUCGGUACUUGCACGUCAUGUUUGCAUGCAGACUUGUAAACAUCUGUCGUCAAGACUGUCCGAAGUGUUGCUGUCACCAGAUGUUCGUGCUAUCUCCAUGGGAGCUUUGGAGCAGUUCAGUUUAGAUGUUAUGCAGUGUGAAAUGUUCACAGCCCGGUGUCCUGUAUCCGGGUUUGAUCAUAACACGCUUCCAAUGACAUUUGCACACCUAAGGUUAUGGUACAAAUUUUCCAGGAUGAUCGAGUUUGAAAAGAAAAGCGCGGGUUUCUUCGGUAUCAAUAAAGGCGAUCGCAAGAAAUUACUAGAUACAAUUAUACGGCAGUUGCGUGCUUUAUCUUCCUAA